GGUAAACGACAAUUAUGCUACCUCGGUUAUCGAUAUUCUUUGAAACCUAAGAAUCAAAAUGAUUUAUCAGUAAUUGUUCGUGAAGAUCAUACACAUCUACCUGACGAAACUGAUAAAGAAGUAUUAGAACUGCGACAAAUUUUAAAACGAAAAGCUAUCGAAGAAUCUAGUCCUAUUGAUCGUAUAGUUCAAGAAGCAUCAUCUAUUUCAAGAUUACGAGAUAAUAUGGGAGCUCCAACUCCAAAGCGUAGGAAAAAUAAAGUUAUAACAGAUGAAUGUUUAAUUAAAUUAUGCCAGCGUUAUGAUGAAGGUCGUCUCGAUAUUCUAUCAUUCUUAAAAGCUGCUGGACUUAGAUAUUUUCAGCGUUCAUCAAAAAGUUGA